AUGGACUCAGAUCGCGUGGCAGAAGCUAAAGCACUUGAGGCGGCUCACGAAUAUGAGGCCGAGGCCUUGUACCGCUCCAUCAUCACGGAGCCUCUGCCUGAGAACGGGGCGGAAAUCGCACAAAAAGAGAAAGAGUCAGCAAUUGUGGCGCUGAUCGAACUGCUUGGUCACAGGAACCGCAUAGCAGACCUGGCAGAGUUGGCGCGCUGGUUGCGCCCCUAUUUUGAUGCAGUUCCGAAAGCAAAGACUGCGAAGAUCGUACGUACGCUCAUUGAAACGCUCAGCCGCUGUCCAGGUUCUGGUGAGGUCUUGUUGGCGCUCUGUCACGAGGUUGUGCAGUGGUGCCGCGACGAAAAGCGCACGUUUCUUCGUCAACGUGUGGAAACGCGAUUGGCUUCCCUCUACCUGGAACGCAAGCAGUACCCCGAGGCGUUGGCGCUGAUCACGAGUUUGCUUCACGAAGUGCGGCGCAUGGACGACAGAGGUCUAUUGCUGGAAGUGCAACUGUUGGAAACGCGACUUCAUCACGCGUUGCGGAACAUUUCAAAGGCACGAGCAGCGCUAACAGGCGCACGAGCUACCGCCAACGCCAUCUAUGUGCCGCCAGCGUUGCAAGGAGAGAUUGAUCUCUGGGCAGGUAUAAUCUAUGCAGAAGAACGCGACUACAAGACUGCUUUCUCCUACUUUUACGAAUCCUUUGAAGUCUUCGCAUCAAUCGAUGACUCGCGCGCUCUCGACAGUCUCAAGUACCUUCUUCUCUGCAAGGUCAUGACGCAGCAGACCGGUGAGAUUGCCGCGCUCCUGCAGGGCCGAGUUGCGCUUCGCUAUCAAGGUCGAGAGCUCGAUGCAAUGCGGGAACUAGCCGCCGCCUGCGAGAAGCGCUCGGUACAGGACCUUGAACAAGUGCUCCGCACCAAUCAGCAGUUUCUAACCGAGGAUCCGAUUAUUAGGAACCAUCUGGAUGAGCUCUAUCAGAAACUACUGGAGCGCAACAUCCUGCGAAUCAUCGAACCGUAUCAUCGUGUCGAUUUAGCCCAUAUCGCACGCAAGCUUGCAAUGCCACUUCCGCAGAUCGAGGCGAAAUGCUCGCAAAUGAUUCUCGAUGGGAAACUGAACGGCAUCAUCGAUCAGGGUGCGGGCUGUCUGAUCGUCCACGAAUCGACGCAGACCGAUGCGCUGUGCCAGGACGCAAAUCGUUUGAUCAAGAACCUUGAUGAAGCGGUAUCGAAUCUUUUCAUGUUGGCUGCGCGUUUGCGGUAA